AUGUCGAAUACUGAUCCUUCGGGGUCUUCGUCGACAAAUUCUGGGAAGUUGAGUGCGGACAACAUAUCACGAAAUCUCAACAUAAACUCAGAAAAGGACUGUUUUGAUCUUCUGUUUCAAGAGAUUACAGCUUUGCCAGAGCGUGAAACGUUGGCACCAAGCUCAGCACCUUCGAUGGCUUCUCAACUGUCACUCAUAUCGCAGAGAAGUUCAGCAACGGAUAGCACCACAAGAACCAAUGUGUGGAUAGCAAAAACUGUGCGAGCAGCCAUGUCUGAAGCCCUCUCCAAGCCAUAA